UUUUAGUGUACAGUUCAGUUGUGUUAAGUAUAUUCAUGUUGUUGUACAAUUAUUAUUUCUUAAAUGUCUUUUCUCAAAUCUGUCUUAAAGUCACAAAAUGUAAAUAACAGAUUCAAAGAUUUACAGCUGAGACCCUGGAGGUCCAAUAUUCAUAAGCUGGAAGGUUUACUAUUUGAUGGAGUCCCGAUAGCAUGGAAAUGAGUUUGCCCUGGGAUGGUGAAGAACAGCUUCCUGCCUUCAGAUUUCUCACCUUCUCCUCUCCCCACCCUAACCAAGGUCUCAGGUACACAUGCAUGCACACAAAGAAAAUGGUUUUAUCCUUUCCAGGAAUGAAAAAUGACCAGAAAGUCCUCUUUGCUUCACGAAGUUCUAUGGAAGCAGAAGUGCAACCUGAAAUAAAAAAGAUGAAGAUGAAAGUAGAUAGUGUUUACAAAAUCUACAGACAAAGAACGACUACUGAGGAAGAGAAAAUGACGGAAGACACAGAAGAGCAGCAGAAGUGGGUAGAAGACUACUACAGAUGCCAGAGCGCCACUUCUGAAAGAAAGGCUCACGACAACUGGCUCUGUGUUUAAGCCUCGCAGAGGGAGAUGCAAGAGAAGAAGGCUGCCUACAAGCAGCACAGAUAGGAAAUGAUUGAAAAACAGAGAGUGCUGGAGAGACACAUUAGUCAGGAGCCAGCUAGUGGACAACCAGGCAUAGAGAAUCAUCCCCAAAGAGGUCAAUAUGGCUUUGGGAGGGCCCCUUUUUCAGGAUUGCCCUACUUGCUCUACUGCAUGGCUGGCUCUUCAGGACCAUUUGUGGGCUGCCAGACACCUCCUCUGCCUGGGUGGCCUCUGGGAACACGACCACUGCCUCCAUGCACACCACUUGGACAAGCUGAAAUUUGAAGAGGCCCCUGAGCUCUGACAGCCAUGCUGUGGCUCCUACAUAACUUGGAAAAGUAUCCAAUACAUUUUACGCUGCCUGCCCAGUGCUGCCUCAUCUGUCUCUAAUCUUCUGUAGUGUUUCCCCUAAUAAAGGUUUGCAGUCCUAUCUGUUUGGGCGUCUGUUUUCUGGAGGACCAGAUGACC